UUACUGACUUCAAUUGUUAUCCUUAUUUCUGUUAGAUUAUGAAUUUGUUGAAGGCAUCCUUGACGUCUCCAACUCCAUUGUCGGAUGUCAUCCUGAAUAAAACAACACAGCUGAUUUACUCUACACUCAUGGUGACUCAACCACACACCGGAAACGAAGAGAAUCCCAAUAGCUCUAGGAAUUUAAGUUUGAAAGUGAUGAUACAACAAUCUACUGGUAAGUUUUUGUAUGCUCAAGCUAAGAAACAGUUUGUAGAGUUUCUGUUUAGUUUCCUCUACAUCCCACUCGGAGGAGUUGAGCAUCUUCUUGCCGGUAACACCUGUGUUAAGGCUAUAGACAACUUAUAUGGGAACACAUCCAACCUUAUAGAUAGCAAUCAUUUCAUCACCCCGGAUACGAAAAAGAGGCUAAUGAAUCCCACUCUACCUCAUGGCUAUGUUUCGAAAGACCACAUUUUCCCUCUCAUUGAAGAAUGCUUGCCUGCUGACUAUAGUGAUCGGCUGUCGUAUUUUUCUUCUGUUAAGUUUCCCAAUGGGCAGGGAAGUUAUCUUAAAGGAUCUCCAACUUAUCACGUGGCUGAUGAUUUAACUGUUACGCCUUUCUGCAUUGCCUCGACACUUUCCUCUCUUAAAGAGCAGAAAAUCUCGAUAUCUGAUGUCAAAGAAGUGGAGAUGCAAAUUGGGCUGAAAGAGGCUUUAAGCAUACUGAAAGCCUCUCUUGCUUCUACUACUGCUCUCACUGAUGCUCUUCUGAGUGGCAAAUCAAUCAAACAGCCAAAGAGAGAAGUGUGAUAUCCAUUCUUCCUAUAUAUGUUGCAAAUAUUGGCUUAUAUGUUAUAUUAAUAGUUAUUGUGCUUCAUUGUUAUUUUAAGUUAUGUAUCUUGAUUUUCCAUUCGUUUGAAUCUGUUUUCUAUAUGCAAAUACUAUCUCGUUUGCUUCGA